ACCACACCAAACACCGCUCACCUGAGGCACCGGUCCACGGCACGGCUGCACUCUCCCCACCGUCGCCAUGUCAGAGAGAGGAGGCUUCGACACCAAUGUGGUUACCCUCACGCGGUUCGUGCUGGAGGAGGGGAGGAAAGCCAAGGGCACUGGAGAGCUGACCACCCUUCUCAAUUCACUGUGCACAGCCAUCAAAGCCAUCUCAAGCGCAGUCAGAAAAGCUGGCAUUGCUAAUCUUUACGGCAUUGCUGGGAGUACCAACGUGACAGGGGACCAGGUGAAGAAACUUGACAUCCUCUCCAAUGACUUGGUCAUUAACAUGAUCAAGUCAUCCUUCACCUCAUGUGUGCUGGUCUCAGAGGAAGAUGAAAAGGCCAUCAUUGUGGAGCCAGAGAGAAGGGGUAAAUAUGUGGUCUGUUUCGACCCUCUGGAUGGUUCUUCAAACAUCGACUGUCUUGCAUCAAUUGGAACCAUUUUUGCAAUCUACAGAAAGACAACAGAUGAUGAGCCAAAUGAGAAGGAUGCCCUACAGUCUGGGAGGAACAUUGUGGCAGCUGGGUAUGCCCUAUAUGGUAGCGCUACCAUGAUGGUGCUGUCUACGGGCCAGGGUGUCAACUGCUUCAUGCUGGACCCUGCCAUUGGUGAGUUCAUUCUUGUGGACAAGGAUGUCAGGAUAAAGAAGAAAGGCAAGAUCUACAGUCUGAAUGAAGGCUACGCCAAGUACUUUGACCCAGCUGUCACAGAGUACCUGAAAAAGAAGAAAUUCCCUGAGGAUGGCAGCGCCCCCUAUGGUGGGAGGUAUGUCGGCUCAAUGGUAGCAGAUGUACAUCGGACACUAGUGUACGGAGGCAUUUUUCUAUACCCCGCCAAUGUCAAGAGCCCUAAGGGCAAGCUGAGGCUGCUGUACGAGUGCAACCCCAUGGCCUUCAUCAUGGAGCAGGCCGGAGGCAUGGCCACCACCGGGGCCGUCAACGUGCUGGACAUCCAGCCCGACUCCAUCCACCAGAGAGAGCCCAUAGUGCUGGGCUCCCCAGACGACGUGCAGGAGUACAUCGCCAUCUUCAAGAAGCAUGCCAAGUGAGCAC